AGCCGGAGGAGGCGGGGCGUGAGGAAGUGACUUCAGCCGGCGGCGCUUGGAAGCGCGGAGAGAGGAAAACUCCGACGCGCGGCUCACCGACGUUCCUGCCUGAAGGCGCUUUGUAGCUGUUGCGCUGGUCAUGGCAGCGGCGGCGACUACUGCGGCUGCUGCUUGUACCUUCAGGGUCCUUCUCAGAGCGGCAGGGAAAGACAAUGCGGGCAGGACGGCUGCUGCUGUCCCUUUUCCUGACCUCUCCGCCGGGUUUUCUCCUCGCGGCGGCUUAAAAGCGAAGCCUUACUGCACGCUGUCUCCGCAGCAGCAGCAACAGCAGCCCUCCGCUCCGCCUCCGGAUAUGAAAAGCUACCUGUGGAAAAGCUACAACGAGGCCAAAAGAGUCACCAAAGACUUAGUCCCGUCAAUCAUGAGUAAUUUGUUGAAUCCGGAUGCUAUCUUUUCCAACAAUGAAAUGAGUCUCUCAGAUAUAGAAAUCUACGGCUUUGAUUAUGACUACACUUUGGUCUUCUAUUCCAAGCAUUUGCAUACGUUGAUUUUUAAUGCUGCCCGGGACCUUUUGAUCAAUGAACAUCGGUAUCCUGCAGAAAUCCGAAAGUAUGACUAUGACCCGAAUUUUGCAAUAAGAGGGCUUCAUUAUGAUGUGCAUCGGGCAUUAUUAAUGAAGAUUGAUGCUUUUCACUACAUUCAACUGGGAACUGUGUACAGAGGAUUGAAUGUUGUGCCAGAUGAAGAAGUAAUUGCUAUGUAUGAUGGUUCCCAUGUGCCCUUGGAACAAAUGAGCGACUUCUAUGGAAAGAGUUCACAAGGCCACACUAUGAAACAGUUCAUGGACAUCUUUUCCUUGCCUGAGAUGACUCUCCUGUCUUGUGUGAAUGAGUAUUUUCUGAAGAACAAUAUUGACUAUGAGCCAGUUCAUCUCUACAAAGAUGUGAAGGAUUCAAUCAGAGAUGUACACAUCAAAGGGAUAAUGUACCGUGCGAUUGAAGCAGAUAUUGAGAAAUACAUUUGUUAUGCUGAGCAGACACGUGCUGUGCUAGCAAAGCUGGCAGCUCAUGGAAAGAAGAUGUUCCUGAUCACAAACAGUCCUAGCAGCUUUGUGGACAGAGGCAUGAAGUUCAUAGUUGGAAAAGAUUGGAGAGAUCUUUUUGAUGUAGUCAUUGUCCAGGCAGAGAAGCCAAAUUUUUUCAAUGAUAAAAGAAGACCUUUCCGCAAAGUGACUGAAAGGGGUGUUUUGCUUUGGGACAAAAUUCAUGAAUUACAGAAAGGCCAGAUUUACAAGCAGGGUAACUUGUAUGAAUUUCUGAAACUGACUGGUUGGCGAGGUUCCAAAGUCUUAUAUUUUGGUGAUCAUAUUUACAGUGAUCUAGCUGAUUUGACCUUAAAGCACGGCUGGCGUACAGGGGCAAUUAUUCCAGAAUUACGAAGAGAGAUUAAGAUCAUGAAUACAGAGCAAUAUAUUCAGACUAUGACUUGGCUGCAAACUCUCACUGGAUUACUGGAACACAUGCAGAUUCACAAGAAUCCUGAUUGCCAAAUGAUAUUAAAUGAAUGGAAAAGGGAAAGAAAGGAAAUGCGAGAAAUGAACAGGAAUUUCUUCAACUCUCAAUUUGGAAGCUUAUUCAGGACUGACCAAAACCCCACCUAUUUCUUAAGGCGCUUGUCUCGCUUUGCUGAUAUCUACAUGGCAUCAUUGAGUUGCCUGUUGAACUAUGACCAUGAUUAUACGUUCUAUCCACGAAGGACUCCUUUGCAGCAUGAACUUCCAAUGUGGUCUGACCAGUUGUGCACGGGUACAUUCAGAAUACCAUUUCUUCAGGAGAUGAUUCAGAUCAAAUAACCUUCCGCCCCCCCAGAUUUUUUGUUUUUUGUUUGUAAUGUAAUGGUUACCAUAUUACUACGCAGUGGCUUUUUAAAGGAUAUUUAUUGUAAGAGCAACUUUCUCUAUAGUAAUUGGUUCUUGCUGUACAUGCUAUGGAGCAAAUGUCAAUUCAGCUGCUCUCUUAUUUUUUUCUAGUGAGAAUUGAUAAAUUGAUAAAAACUAUGGUUGCACUAAGAACUGAUUUUUUCCUCCAGUUGAAUAUUUACUGGAAUGGAAAAUUAUUUGCACAUAAAUUUAUAUAUAGCCCAUAAUAUUUGUCUUAUACACUCUAACCCAGGGGUGUCAAAUUCACGUUGUCAUGUGAUAUAUCGGAACUUUUUUUCCCCCUUCACUAAACCGGGCAUGGGCGUGGCCAGCAUGAGACGCAUCUGGCCCAUGGACCGCAAGUUUGAGAGCCCUGUUCUAACCAAAGGUCAUUACUUGAAAUUUAGGCUUGAUUUAAAUAUUUAGUCAGAUAAAAGCACAGCUACUAUUGUGCUUUAUAAGGAAUGUAAAAUCUUAACAAGGUUUCAAAUCCAUGCAGGGCUGGGUAAUUCUUAUUUUUUUUUAUCAGAAUAUUAGAAAACAAUUUUUAGUGGAUGAGAGAUUUAAGUCCAUAGAGCACUCAGCCAUUUAUUUUUCACUGACUUGUAUUUUCCUUAAACAGCCAGGAAAAGCUAUAAGUAGAAUACAAUAUUGCAUUGCUUGCAUUAAACCAAUCAAAGCUUUCAUUAUAGAGAUUUCCAGCCAAUGAAAAUUGACAGGAUAGUUAGUAAAAUCGGCAGUAAAAACACUACAAUAGCACCACAAAUGUAUAAAUAGAACAAUACAUCUACUAAAGUGUGUUCAAUCUGAACAAUUUUAUAAUUUAACAGCUCUGAAGAAUUAAUGGUAGAUAUAGAGUAAAGCCUUAUAGCACUGGGCACUUUAGUAGAAUGUCAUCAUGUACUUUAGAACAAUAUUUUAUAUAUUGAGGCUGCAGUCCUGUGCUUACUUUCCUGGGAGCAACUUUCAUUGAAUGCAAUAAUAAUUUAAUAAUGUAUAAUAGUAGUAUUGGCCUGUCUUCAUGAUAAGAGUGAAACGGUUAUGAUUUUUAAAAAAGGUGGAGAUUUUGUGUCUCUUUUUAAAAUUCUUAUUCCCAUGCACUUAAAAAUCAUGUAGGCUAAAUGUUGGAGGGUUUUAAGCCAAUUCUCACUGUGCUAAUGUAAGAGCCAGUUCCCACUGCUCUUAACAGGACUAAAACUCGUAUUUAUUUUAUUCACUUCUUGAGUUCAGCAGGAAAACAAAUUAUGUAUUAAGUUGAAAUCAUAAAUACUAACACUAUUUCUAGGCUGAUAAUAAAACAGUAAUAUAGCAAGAGCUUUGAACUAACAGUCCCCUUCCUAGUAAGCUAUUUCAACUAAUGUAACAAAACAACUUUUUCUAUAACCUAUUGAUAGCCCAUAAAAAAAACUACCUGGUAGUUGAUAAAUAACUGGUUACUCAAAUUAUUCAAACUUAAAACUCUUUAAUUUGCAAUUUUGGUUGUUUCUAAGCGAGCCAGAAAUUUCUAAAAUGCUUAAAGCAGUAGAAUGCAAUUUUCACGGGCAUUGCAGUCCAUCUUUUUUGAAAAUCUCAAAACAUUCCUUUAAAAUAUAUAUUAAAACUUCAUGUAUUUUAUGAAGAUGUUCAAAAUAUAACCAGAAUUUAUUUUAGGAAAUAAUUUGGCUCUUCAAAUGCUGUUUACAUAAAUAUGUGUUUCAAGUUUGCAAAAGCAUUUCUAUAUAGAAAUUUGCAACUACAUAUACUUUUAAAUUUUUUGUUGUGUAACUUAAGAGCAGUAGCUGGCAUUAUUCCAUUCUGGUUCCAAAUACAUGCCUUGAAACAGAUUUUCAAGAUGUGUGAGUAUAUUUCCUGGUUUCACCUUUGCUUUCAUAGUUUAAAUCCCUAAACAAAUAACCAGAAAAAAACUGGUAUUAUUGCAUUUCUGCUACUAUAGCAGUUCUUGUACCCUGGUAUUCAGUGGUCGUGUCAUGAAGGUCUGCUGCAGUGCACUAUUAAGUGAGAUGUGCAGAAGAUUAUGAAAGAUGAAUAAGUCCUCAUUUAGUGCUAGGAUUCAUGUAGCUCCAUAGGCUUUUCAUAUAGAUUCAACCAUCCAAGCCAUACUUCUUCCCAAAGCUGCAUUUUGAAUGAAAGGUUUUCAUAGAUUGUCCCCACUUUUUUGAUACCUUUUGUAAAAUUGCCUGAUCAUGUUAUUUAUUGAGGAACUUGAGCUGACCAUACAGUGCUGUUGCAAUGUGACACGAUGUAGACACAGAAAGAUAUUGAUGCAGAAUGGAUGAUUUUGAUUGACUGAAGGAAAGAAUAAUACCUAACAGUUGUUACCCAUCAAAAUAGUUUAUUUUCAUAUCUUGUCACCUAAUUGUUUUAACUAACAAUAGAACACUAAGUGGAAAACCCAAAGGACAGAAUUAGGCACAAACUUACAGCUCAUAGCUUGACAUUAUUUGAACAGUUUGUAUCAGUUCUCCUGUCUUUUGAAUGAUAUUUGUUCACAAUAUUAAAAAGUCAAAUUAGCACAGAUUCUGAAAAUUAAGCAUAGUGUGAAAUCUUUUGAAGCUUACUGUAGCUGUUCUUGUAUUAGCGUAUGCUAUCAAGUCCUGUGAACCUAGUAAUUGUGAGCAUUCCUGCUCACCAUGCUCAACAUUUUGAGAUCUGCUUUAAAGAAGGGUUCUUUUACUGCAGAAUAAAAUUUUAUUUCUUUGUGUAAAGUACUCAUUGCUGCUACAAGUUUUUUAAUGACAAAUAUUGUAAAAAGUGUGCAUGAACAGUGACUGUGGAGAAUCUUUGCAUACACAGCUGCAAAAUAUUUUAAGGUAAUGUUAUGUUUUAUGUCCUUAUUCUGAUGUAAUUUUGAAAUUUUAAAGCACCCUUAAAUUCUGAAACUUCUCAUUUGCAAUUACUUUGCUUGUUGUAGACUUUUGUCAGUAUGCUCCACCUGAAUACCAAAAGUGGGACAAGUUCAUUUGUCAACAAUUUGAAGCCAAUAAGAUUCUUAAACUGAAACUUGUUAUUGGAAAAAUAUUUUCAUACAUACAAAAAUAACUUUCUAAUAAUACAGCAUUGUUAACUUACAAACUAAUAAAUAUUUUAUUAGAGGCAUUUAUUGUAAUUGGGAUGGAAGUCAGUGCAAGGUUUUAAGGUAGAAAGCUAGUCGGAGGGAAAAGAUCUCUUCGGUGAAAAUAUUCAUUGUGUACUUGAAGGGAAUAUGUGGGGAAUAUGUAAAUUGAAUUUAUAGCUGAUGGUUUUGAUAAUUAGUGUCUAUUUCAAUAAAGUACCAAAAGUAAA